AUGGCACAGGAAUCUCCAUCAUCUGAGCAGGAAAAGGAUGAUUCCGAUGUUGAGCCCGAAUUUGUCGAGGUUGAUCCUUCUGGUCGAUAUGGGCGGUACAAAGAAGUGUUGGGAAAAGGAGCUUUCAAGAAAGUAUAUAGAGCAUUUGAUGAAUUGGAAGGGAUUGAAGUGGCAUGGAAUCAGGUAAAAGUGUCUGAUCUUCUAAGAAAUUCUGAUGACAUGGAGCGUCUGUACUCAGAAGUUCAUUUGCUGCAAACCCUUAAGCACAAGAACAUUAUUAAGUUUUACAACUCGUGGAUUGAUUCUAAGCACGAGAACAUUAACUUCAUUACUGAGAUCUUCACAUCUGGGACGCUAAGACAGUACCGGAAAAAGCAUAAAAAUGUUGACUUGCGAGCAUUGAAGAAGUGGUCAAAGCAGAUAUUGGAGGGCCUUUUAUACCUUCAUAGUCACGAUCCUCCUGUUAUCCACCGGGAUUUGAAGUGUGACAAUAUAUUUGUCAAUGGCAAUCAAGGAGAGGUAAAAAUUGGUGACUUGGGACUUGCUGCAAUCUUACGUCAGGCGCGGUCUGCCCAUAGUGUCAUUGGCACUCCUGAAUUCAUGGCACCUGAGCUCUAUGAAGAAGAAUAUAAUGAACUUGUCGAUAUUUAUGCCUUUGGCAUGUGCUUGUUAGAGCUGGUGACGUUCGAGUAUCCAUAUGUUGAAUGUGCUAAUGCUGCUCAGAUAUUUAAGAAAGUCACAUCAGGAAUCAAGCCAGCAUCAUUAACAAAAGUAAAGGAUCCUGAAGUCAAACAAUUUAUAGAAAAGUGUAUUGCAAAAGUAUCUGAAAGGUUGUCCGCCAAGGAGCUACUGGUGGACCCUUUCCUUAGGUCAGAUGAGGAUCCUGGAAGUAUAAGUCGAUCCUUGCGCUCCGCUCCAGAUGGAAAUAGUCAUCAGAUUGAUGUUCCCAGGGAUCCCAUCCCUGAGGGAAGUCGAGAUUUCACUGUGCAGGGUCAAAGGAAAGAUCAGAAUACAAUAUUUCUUAAAUUAAGAAUUGCGGAUUCCACUGGUCAUAUACGGAAUAUUCACUUUCCAUUUGAUAUUGAGGUGGAUACAGCUGCUGCUGUUGCUAGUGAAAUGGUUGAAGAGUUGGACUUAACUGAUCAAGAUGUCUCAGCAAUAGCAGAAAUGAUCGAUGCAGAAAUCCGAUCAUAUAUUCCAGAUUGGGCACCCCUGCAAGAGCAUUCUAGCAGUUACAGUGGUGAUGCUUCAGUUUCUGAUAGCGGCACCUUAGAAACGCGGGAUGAUGCUUCCCCAUUAACAAAUGAUUGUGCUAGUUCUCCCAAUCUAGUUCUGGAACGACUGCCUUCAGGUCGUAAAUAUUGGUCUGAUUCGCCUAGAACAUUUGGUGGGAGCUCUCCCCUUGUGGGGCUUUCAAAUUUGUCACAUUCGGAGUCAGCAACUCCUAGAGACUGCUGGACUGAAGAAAAUGAACCCUCAUCUGAUAGUGACAAGUAUCAGAGUGGUUCCGAGGAUAUUGAGAAUGGGACUGGACUUGAGAAUAGUGCAAGACAAGAUGAUGUUACCAGACCCCAAGAUGCUCCAUCAGGCCAAAAUGGCCGCUCUGCACAUCCCUCCAAUGGGCCUACUCUGUUUGAUGAGAGAAACCAAGUUUACUUCAGGAAUUCUGCUGACAUGAGAAUGACCGUGGAGAAACUGGAGCACCUUCUGGUUGAACAAAAAAAGGAGUUGGAUGAACUCAGAAAGAAGCAUGAGUUUGCUGUCACCGAGCUUUUAAAGGACCUCUCUCCUGAAAUGCGUUGCAGAGUUCUUAGCAACUGUAACUUGAUAAUUACCGACGAUAAAUUGCAGUUCGAGACAUCUAGUGCUUAUGACAGUUGUAGAGAGUCAAUGUAUGAAAGCUGCAGAGAGUCUGUCGCCUCCAUGCCAUCAUAG